CCAUCUGUUGGACUCCUGGUGGAAAGGAGCAAACGUUACACCAUGAGUUAAAUAAUAGAGUGCACGGAACACCGUGAGCUACUCAUGGUGUGCCGAACAACGCCGGAUGUCGCCGUUUUUUUAUAUUUUGACCUAUAUUAUUGGUUCAACAUCAUGUCAAUCAUAGCUCAGAAAGUUGCCAAGCGUUUUACGGCAACAACGAUGCUAUCAGAUUAGCUGUAGCCUUAUUUUUGACCGUUGCAGCCUUAUUUAAAGUCGCUCUACGUCCGAGUUUGCACGGAACACCGUGAGUCUACAGUAGCAAUCGCGACUACAGUAACGGUACUGUACUGUCAUUUCUAAUGUAAUCGUGAGAGGAAACAGGCAGGAUAUAUUCGCAAUAAUUCAAAUGAGCACCAAGCCUAAGAGCAAAUAAAUCCAUGGAGAUGGAGAGUGGAUUGCGAGGCUUGGGCAUUUGCUGGCUCAGGGGUUUGGCCUGCUGGAGGAGGCAAUAGACCUGCCCCAAGGCAGCGGAAAUUGCAUGACCUCUAUCAAAAGAUUGAGAAAUGCCCCAUGCAGACUCGUGGACAGACCGCCCUAAUUGGAAGGUCCAUGGUCUGUAAUUGUGGAUUCCAUGCUGUUAAGACUGCCACUCAGCUACCUCAGGCACCACAGUCUGUGGCUUCAGACUUGUCCACUGGUGCUGCAGCCCAGCCUUCUUUCCUGCAGCCCCCUCUGAGUGUGUCAAUGUUCACUAAAUCACGCUUUGGUGGGUCACAGUCUGCCUCAGUGAAGCCCAAUAUUGUAGCAAGGAAGACCCCCAGCCCUGCUCCUCCUCUAUCCUCUGUGAGGACCCCCAGCCCUGCUCCUCCUCUAUCCUCUGUGAGGACCCCCAGCCCUGCGUCUCCUCCAUCCUCUGUGAGGACCCCCAGCCCUGCUCCUCCUCUAUCCUCUGUGAGGACCCCCAGCCCUGCUCCUCCUCUAUCCUCUGUGAGGACCUCCAGCCCUGCUGUUAGCGCCAGCCUGGAAGUAGCCACUGCCCGGCUCUCCAGUACCAACUGCCCUGCAGCACCGUGGGCCAGGCACAGUUGAAGAGAAAGGUCCCGUCCACAGAUGUGACACCGGUGGCUAUAAAGAUGCAUGCCCAGCGUCAGCUCUUCCCUGCUCCACCCUCGGCCCCUCGUCUGUUGGUGCUGGCUCCGGUGACCUCACAGGUGCCUGUCUUCAUUGCUGCUCCACAGGCCCUGGGAGGUAUCUUCCCUGCACCUCCUGCUCCGGUCCGAAAACUAACCCGCCAUGUACCCCACAACACGUGCAAGAAAUGCGGGCAGUUCAGGACAGCCCAGACUGGACACAGUCAGUACAAAGGGACCGUGUACUGCCCCUCUGUAGAGGCUGUUUCCAAGGAGCAGUGGUUGGAGGACAUGAAAAAAAUAUAGAUGCCCCUCUACCCCCCUCCCAGAGGCAUGGACGCUGGGCUAGUGCCCCUCUACCCCCCUCCCAGAGGCAUGGACGCUGGGCUAGUGCCCCUCUAUCCCCCUCCCAGAGGCAUGGACACUGAACACUUUAAUUUUGUCAAUAGUUCUGUUAAUGUUUUCUGUUAUUGUCUAUAAUUACUGUUGAAUAAGUGAAUGGAGGGAUUCACAACUGUUCUGUAUAUA